UGCGUUGUGCUCAUUCUGGUCCGUUUGUGUUAUAGGUGGGUAACGGUUGUUAUUUCGUCGAGAUGGAGGACAUUGCACUGGACACAGCCAUGGCACUGGAUACAGCCAUUGGCCAGCAGAAGUCGUGGUAUGAGAUGUCAUUGGAAGGCAUUAGUGACGAGGACAACGAUGGACUGGAUGGGAUGUGUGCGCUCACAAGCCCAAGCCCAAGACCAGAAGAAGAGUCUCCUCCGUUGCUGCCGCCCGUGCGCAGUUCUGUUGAUCAUCCCCGGGAGCGCGAGUCGCGUUCUGCGACGUGUUCGCACACCGGACGUUGGCGAGCGCCAGGGGAUGCAGCAACGACUGGGAUCGCCAGUGCAUCCACACCUCGACGGUCGCCGCCUGGCCAACAGAGCCCACCAACGCACCGAGAAGCACGCACUCACUCGCACGCCAGUCCGACCGUGCAGCAGCCGUACCCGAGCGCGGCCGGCAACCUCACUCCAAGCACGCACACACCGCCGCCACGCAUGCGCUACUCGCCGUGCCUGACACACGCAGACCGCGCUCCUCCCUAUCGGCCGUACAGCCCUGGGGAACGUGCGUGCAGGUCACAACGGAACACUGCUACUGACAGAGACAAUGGAAGAGACCAUAACUACACAGAGAAGGCAAUACCGAAGCGGUCGACAAGGCUGAGACGAGCAGUCUCUCUGACGCCCACCGCCAACAAAAGCAGUGUGGGGAACCCGCCAAGACAGCGCGCCAAGGACGGUAGAGCAGGAGUGAACAACGGGCGUAGCAGGAACAAGGAGAACCACCCACACACACCCCACGGCAGUAAGCCAACACCAUCGCCGACAGCACGCCAGCGGCCGCCAUUGACACCGAAAGAGAACCAACGGUCGCAUCCGAUGCCCGACAAGUGCUUGUCCGCGGAGCGCUUUGGGCGCAUCUCGGGCACAUGUUCAUGGGCAAAGGUGGUGGCCACAAACGUUGAUACUGACAAAGCAAAAUGCACUGCAGUUACAGCGGCCACGCCAGCAGCAAGAAAGCCAGCCAAGGCGCACCUAGACUUCUCCAGCCAAACCGUGACCAAGGGCGCGCGUGAAACAACUCCGUUUAGCAAAUCGAGAGGCAGACUGGCAAAGGAGAAAGAACAAGAGACACACACCCCGCAAGAGCACCAUCAAAUGAAGACUGACCGCCUUGUUGUACAUGAUGAGAAAAGCGCUGAGGCUGCCCACCAGCCAAUCAUCCCAGCUCAAGUGGAUGGCAUACAAAUCAGCACGCAGACUGCCAGUGACAACAUUGAGAAGCAGACGUGCAUCGCCCAGAGAACGGCACGGGGCGGCACGGCCAACGCAGGAGGAGCCUCUCGCGAUGCCGCAGGCGGCGCGCCGGAGAUCAGCGCGGCCGGUGAUCACGCAGGGCUGCUAAACGACGGCACACUAAGCCUAGGGCCACUCGUGCCCGGCGAUAUUUGCUUGCCUGCCCUGCACCAGCACACAUAUGACAGUUCAGACUGGGAAGAUGGGCAAGUGCAACACAACAUCCCUCAGUUUUGCUCAACGCCCACGGAGAAGGAAACAAGUGGUGGACCGACGCAACAAAGACCAGGCACUCCUAUAUCCUUGGAUAGAGAACUGAACAAGGAGGAGGUGAUGUUGGACACUAUCUCCCCUGUAAUCAACCAAGGCAAGGAGCAGAGUGACAGUUCCCUGGAUGCGGUGUUCAACAGUCUGCACCCAAUCCCCUCGCCUUGUCGCACCGAACGGACCGAACAGCCAGCAGCUGCGCAAAGCAAACCGACGCGGCUCGCAUCCCCACAGGACGUCGUUGCGCAGACACAACCAUCCCAAGACACAACGCACGAUUGCACUGUACCAGCAGGCACUGUCAGCAAUGCCACUGGACUAAAGAAAGGACAGCACAUUCAUACACAUCCACAUGCCCAAGCAACCUCAGACGCUGGACGCAGUGACGAACCGAGCAAAGACGACCCCCAGCCGGGCACAACGAUCACCACUGAACACCGAGACACGCCAAUGGAUUUAGAAAAGCCGGGUGACGAUAUUGGACAGGGCAUGGAUAAUGCUACUGCUGCUACUGCUACUGCGGGCGACGCAAUGUCCAGCCAUACAUUGAUAGAGGAAACUGACAGGACUAUGGAUUUCGAAACCAGUACUUAUGGCGAAUCAUCUGCCACAAGAUCAUGGUACGACAUGGUGGUGGAAGAAGAAGACCAUUUCGACAGGGACGCCCAACUACCAGAAUCGACCUACCCGAUUAUUCCUCGUCAAUCCAACGAAGAAAUCCGUCCCAGCUCUCUUGAUUUUGAGUUCACGCAAUCAGAAAAAGAUCAGUGCCAACCUCUUACCAGUACUCCCCGCAGGAGCCAUCACAAUUCCAGGAGAAGAAACACCUCCAAUUCCCGUCAGAGCACUCCAUCGUCGUCCAGGCGAGAUCAUCACAAGGAAAACGUGAGUCCAGUCAGCGAUCAAUCCUCACCUCAUGGUGUGAGACGAAGCCGUCGUGACCAACGUCCACGCAGCAGCGGGGGCAGAAACUCAGGUCAUUCCCGUGGAGAUACCACACCCAACCGCGGUAGCAGAAGUCCAUUGCGCAGGCCACUCGGCGAAAGGCAGAGCCCGGCCCCAUCUCGCAAAACGUCCGACUCGUGGGCUCAACUUGUAGCUGGUGUCAGUCCGAAAUCCCAUCCCGUUCGCGCAACACCGAUCUUGCCAUCCAGUUCUGCCGACGUAGGCUUGGAACGCAAUUUAGACAAGGAGUUUUCCAGCACUUCAGUCGACGAGCGAGAGCAAGGCCCCGCAUCUUUGAACGACACUCUAAGCGAACUUGACCUGUCCUACGGCUUUGAGGACAGCAUGUGCUUGACGGACGAUAUCUCUUUCAGCGCAAGGACUUCAACCCCCAGUGGAAGUGUUCCUUCGACUAGCGGCUUGGACUCUCCCCGAUCUCGCAGCCGUUCGCCAGCUUCAGUGCCUUCAGCGUCUUUGCCAACCAGGCGUGCCACCGCCACUCUCAAGCGUUCCACGAGUGAGCCAGGCGACAUCGAGUCCGGCCACCGUUCGUCGAAGAGACCCUGCUAUCUUCCAACGCUUGACGACCCGCACCGCCUUGCUCAGCGCCAGAAGCAGAUUGACUUUGGCAAGAACACGAUCGGUUACGACAUCUACACCAGCACUGUCACCCGUUCGGAGCGCGGUCCCGGCAUGCCACGCACACCGGACAAGCGUCUCAACUGCAGCAAGCGUCAAUUUGACGGCCUCCUGAAGAGCUGGCGCCGACAGCUGCAUACGUACGACCCAGACUACACAGUCAAGACCGGCUCGCAAAGCUUUGCUGAUUUGUCAGACUCUGCCCUUGGUCAGAGUGUGCUCACCGAAGCAAGCCUAUCCCCGUCCUCUUCGCCGACCAAGUGCCCCGGAUCUCCGUCUGCCGCCAAGAAGCUCCGCGACCUCGACUUCUCUCUCGAUGCUGGCGUUUCCCAGAGCAUGCUCAGUGCGUAAGUAGCUGGCCUGCCCAUUCCUGCCGCCUUCCUUCAGGUUAUCAUAUUCAACUUCUCUAGCUUAAGUGUCUUCAAGCUUUCAUUCUUACUUUCCUCGCUGUAGGUAGUGAGGCUUCCCAUAGGUCCGUCGUGUCAAUGAUAUGUAUCCUCGUGCUUUUGAAGUCUCCUCAUUUCCUUCGAACUCUGUGUCUGUCAUGGAUGCUUUCUCUGAGUGGUUCGCGUAAUCCACUCUCUCAUCAUAUGCUUGGUGUUCUUUGAUCCUAUGCGCAUUUCUCUUCCAGUAGUGACUUCAAAUAUUUAGGUUGCUGCUUGGUGUUAAUAAUUUCCUUGGUUUUACUGUCUGCUCUCUUGCUUCGAUGUUCAACUAAAAAAAACUCAACGAAAGUAAUUACACUGGAAAGUAUUUAGGUCAGUACUGUGCUUCUUGCCUUUGAACGCAGUGCUGUUCUGUUUUUCAUGCAAUGGAUUUGUCUUCAGAAAUAAAAAUGGCCCGUGUUUAUUUUAACAACUCUAAA